AUCAUAAAGAGAGACAUCCUACAAGACACCGGAAUGCUGUCAGCACUGUCAAGGUCAUCAAAAACAAGGAAAGUCUGAGAAACUGUCACAGCCAAGGGGAGCCUAGUGAAACAUGAUGACUAAAUGCAGUAUGACAUCCUGGAUGGGAUCCUGCAACAGAAAAAGGACAUUAGUGGCGCCACAACAAGUGGGGGCGAGAAUGAGCAUGAGGACCUGGAGCAGGAGUGGAAGCCUCCAGACGAGGAGUUAAUCAGGAAACUGGUGGAUCAGAUCGAAUUCUACUUUUCCGAUGAAAACUUGGAAAAGGAUGCCUUCCUGCUAAAGCACGUGAGGAGGAACAAGUUGGGAUAUGUGAGUGUUAAGCUACUCACAUCCUUCAAAAAGGUGAAACACCUUACACGGGACUGGAGAACCACAGCACAUGCCCUCAAGUACUCGGUGACCCUAGAGUUGAAUGAGGACCACCGGAAGGUGAGGAGGACCACCCCUGUCCCUCUCUUCCCCAAUGAGAACCUCCCCAGCAAGAUGCUCCUGGUCUAUGAUCUCUACCUGUCCCCUAAGCUGUGGGCCCUGGGCGCCCCGCAGAAGAAUGGGAGGGUGCAAGAGAAGGUGAUGGAACACCUACUCAAGCUCUUUGGGACCUUUGGCGUCAUUUCAUCAGUGCGGAUCCUCAAACCUGGGAGAGAGCUGCCCCCCGACAUUCGGAGGAUUAGCAGCCGGUACAGCCAGGUGGGGACCCAAGAAUGUGCCAUUGUGGAGUUCGAGGAGGUGGAAGCCGCCAUCAAAGCCCAUGAGUUUAUGAUCACGGAAUCUCAGGGCAAAGAGAACAUGAAAGCUGUUCUCAUUGGUAUGAAGCCACCCAAAAAGAAACCUCCCAAAGACAAGACCCACGAUGAGGAGCCCACUGCGAGCAUCCACUUGAACAAGUCCCCGAACAAGAGAGUUGAGGAGCUUCAAUACAUGGGUGACGAGUCUUCCGCUAACAGCUCCUCCGACCCCGAGAGCAAUCCCACGUCCCCUAUGGCUGGCCGGAGGCAUGUGGCCACCAAUAAACUCAGCCCUUCUGGCCACCAGAAUCUCUUUCUGAGUCCAAAUGCCUCUCCGUGCUCAAGUCCUUGGAGCAGCCCCUUGGCUCAACGCAGAGGCGUUUCCAGAAAAUCCCCACUGGCUGAGGAAGGUAGGCUGAACUGUAGCACCAGUCCGGAGAUCCUUCGCAAGUGCAUGGAUUAUUCCUCCGACAGCAGCAUCACGCCCUCUGGCAGCCCCUGGGUUCGGAGGCGCCGCCAAGCUGAGAUGGGGACACAGGAGAAGAGCCCCAGAGCGAGUCCCCUGCUCUCUCGGAAGAUGCAGAGUGCAGAUGGGUUACCUGUAGGGGUGCUGAGGUUGCCCAGAGGCCCUGACAACACCAGAGGAUUCCAUGGUGCACACGAGAGGAGCAGGGCCCAUGUAUAAAUACCUUUUAUUUUUAAUACCGGCUCCAUUGAAAACCACCUGUUUUCAAGGUUCUGAUAAAUACUUGGCAUGCCAUAGAAUGAAAUUAAGUCCCCUUUCAAGAAUUUUGUAUACAUAUGAACCUGUUAAUUUAUGUUUGUAAUGUAUAUAGAUUGUCUGGACACCCUGGUUUUAAGGCCAUCUUCUAGUUCAGGAGACCCCUUCCUCCCAGCACGACCGCUGUUGUGAUGCUGUCCAGCGUGUGUGUGAACGUCACGGCUCCGUACGGCUGUGGGAUGGGCUCCCGGGAAGCCUGGCAGCCAGCCCCUUCUUCGGGGCAGGGUUCUUCUCUUCCUCUUUGGUGAGCUGUCCUCGGCCACGCGGCGUCCUCAGAGCCCAGAAGAGUUCUUUUGUGCAGUGGCAACUCGUUAAACCUGUAGCAUGGUGUUUUCUAGGAUCUAAUGUAUGUUUUCUGUCAACUGAAUAAAAAAUAAAACACUCAAGCCCAGCCGCGUGGCUCAGUGGUUGAGUGUUGACCUAUGAA